CCAAUGCUUAGUCAUAACCUCCAAUCUUGUUUCCAACUCCAAUCGUUCGUCGACACAAUCUUCUCAGUCAAUCCUCAACCCUCUACCAAGUUGGCAUAUGUCGUUGAAUACCAUGUCGAAUUCAAUAAAACACAAAUCUAGUCUUUGCCCCACCAACGGUCGUCAAGCCGUUGGGGAUGGGGCUGCCUCUUUCGACAUCGAGCCUAGUGUACUUGCCGUGUGCCAAGUUCAAGGUAACGACGACAUGUACUAUUACUCUACUACGUUCUCUGGAGGACCCGGGUGGCGCUUUUGACACCCCGAAAGUAAAAUGCCCUCCUGACCGAGGGUCGUCGGAAUGUGUGACAGGCAGACCGGCGCCAUUUUCCCCCUCCUUCGAACUCUCUUCUCCUCUUACCCAUGUUCCUUUACAAAAGCCCAUCGGAUAUCCCACAUCAGCUUUCAGCUCUCCACGCGUUUCUCGUCCUUUUAGCAUUCCGCACCUAGUUCCAAGUACCACCGGUGAUUGCAGUGAGAGUGUUGGGGUUGGUUCACCUGACUUUGGUCCUCAGCACAAAAAGGAUGCACUCGAAUUCCUUUUGACUGUGUUUCCUCGUCAUGGGAUAUCAGCCCUCCCUCACGCGAAGAAAGUUUCAAUAUCUGCUCAGAGCCUUGGAUCGUCGUUUGAAGGUAUGAUUUUGGACCUACCUGGGCAAAGGAAGACCCUCUAUGUCGACGCCAAGCAUGCGGAAAGCAUUAGUCUGCGGGAAAGCAUUGUUGCCCUUCUUGAUCUUGCGGAUGAACUUCUGGAAUGCUCUGCUCUUGUCAUUGUAUUGGAGAGAUCUUCACCAAUGUUGGGCGAAUUUUUACACUCCUUCAUGUAUGUUGGUGGGACGGUUGUCGUCAAACCUCCUUUUCCGGUCGAUCCAGCAUUUGUUCUCGUUGGAAUGGAAAUCUGAUGAUGUGCUAUGAUUUUGUAUAUGCUUUUAGCGUCCGUAAUAAUCUUCUAAUAUACUCCCGGAUCCUACUUGAUGUACAUAACGAGCUCGAGUCCGUGAUCCC